AUGAUCCUGUCGCGGUGGCCCAAAUGCACUGCUGAAUGGUUCAGGCACAGGAAGGUUUUCCUCUGGGAAGUUCCUUCUUGCCCCUACUCCGUACUCGCUGCUUCAGUUCAGCGUGAUGACUCAAGCGGUGAUGAAAGGCUGAAUUGUGCUCCUGAUAAUGAGCCUAUCCGGAAACGGCAACGGUCUUUGAGCUCUGACAGUGUUGUGCAGGCACUCCGCUGCCUAAGGAGGAAGCCUGCAGUUGCAUUUGCCUACUUUAAAGAUAUACAUAGCCUUGGUUUUCACCAUGACUUCUCAACCUACUCAGAGAUCAUACAAAUUUUAUCCCAUUCAUUCCAAGGGAAGAUGCUGGUAUCCUUGUUUUGUGAGAUUCUCUCGGGAACUGGUAAUGGUGGCCCAGAAAUCUUAACACUUAUUGAUCACUUGAGCAAAACAUGUGCCACUUCUCACGUACUGUCAUAUGCAGUCAAUUGCUUAAUCAAGGCAUACACCACCAGCCACGAUGCUCAAGAAACAGUAGAGAUGUUUUGUCACCUUUGCAGGCUUGGAUUUGUUCCUACACUUUGGGCUUGCAAUUUCCUGCUCAAAUUUGUAUCUGAGAGUGGUGAUUCGGAUAUGGUUGUCGGAGCUUAUGAUCGAAUGAAGGGCUUUCAGUUGACGCUGGAUGCUCAGUCAUUGAACAUAGUCACUAGGUCGUUUUUUGAAGCAAAUAAGGUAGACGAAGCAUUCCAAGUGUGGGUUAGGAUGAUUGAAAUGGGAGUGAAACCAGAUGUACAUGGAUACUCAUCAUUUAUAAUUGGCCUUUGUGAUUGUGGAAAGUAUGAUCAAGCUUAUAACAUGGUAAGCAGAUAUGCUGUUCUUCAUGAGAUCACCCAGGAAAGGGUUGCAAUUGAGUCCAUUGCUUAUAAUAUGGUAAUUGAUGGACUAUGCAAAGAAAUGAAACUGGAGGAGGCUGAAAAAGUCUUGGAGAUCAAGACCAGACAUGGAUCUGCCCCUGAUCUAUAUGGUUAUAGCUAUCUCAUUCGUAGUUAUUGUAAAAUGGGUAACCUAGGAAAGGCAUGGCAUCAUAUUGAAGCCAUGGUAUCCCAUGGCAUCGAGAUAAAUUGUUACAUUGUUGGUUACCUUCUACAGUGCCUCAAAAAGCUAGGCAUGGUAUCUGAAGUUAUUGUUCACUUCCAGAAAUUUAGAGAUUUAGGACUCCAUCUUGAUGGUGUGCUUUAUAACAUUACUAUGGAUGCUUAUUGCAAGCUUGGGAACAUGAAUGAGGCAGUGAAGCUACUGAAUGAAAUGAUGGCUGGAGGUUUGGUCCCGGACAAAAUCCACUAUACAUGCUUGAUCAAUGGUUACUGUCUGAAAGGAGAAACAGAAAAUGCCUGGCAAGUAUUUGAGCAGAUGCUGAAGGAAAAUAUAAAACCAGAUGUAGUUACAUAUAACAUAUUGGCCAGUGGAUAUAACAGGAAUGGUGCUGUUAUUAAGAGGGGCAACUUGAGCGAAGCAGAGGUAUUAUUUAGUAUAGUAGAAGAAAAAGGGAUAGAUAAUAUUGAAGUGCUGUACAGUUCUAUGGUUUGUGGUUAUUUGCACUCGGGCUGGACUGACCAUGCUUACACACUUUUUCUUAGAGUUGCUAAACAAGGAAAUAUGGUGGAUCAUUUGUCAUGUUCAAAAUUGAUAAACAGCCUCUGUUUAGAUGAAAAGGUUGAGGAGGCUUCAACUGUGUGUAGUAUGAUGCUGGAAAAGAAUGUUGUUCCUGAUGUAAUUUCAUAUAGCAAACUUAUAUCAGCUUAUUGUCAGACAAGAGAUAUGCACAAUGCUCACUUAUGGUUCCUUGAUAUGGUUGAAAGAGGACUUUCUGAUGUCAUUGUAUACACUGUACUGAUGAAUGGUUAUUGCAAGGUCGGUCGGUUGCAAGAAGCAUGUGACUUAUUUGUUCAAAUGAUAAAUUCAGGAAUCAAGCCUGAUGUAGUUGCAUACACAGUGCUAUUGGAUGGCCACAUAAAGGAGACCCUACACCAAGGGUGGCAGGGUACCGCUAAUGAAUGGAGGAGCUUUCGUCUUAGAACAAAGCAUAAGACGUUGCUGAGCUCUAUGAAAGACAUGGUGAUUGAACCUGAUGUAACCUGUUACACAGUAUUGAUUGAUGGACAGUGCAAAACAGAAUAUCUAGAUGAAGCACGGGGAUUGUUUGAUGAGAUGUUAGUGAAAGGACUUACCCCUGAUGUUUACGCAUACACAGCUCUCAUAAAUGGAUACUGUAGCCAGGGAGAAAUAGCUAAGGCUGAAGAUCUUUUACAAGAAAUGACAGAUAAGGGGAUGAAGCCAGAUGAAUGCGGGCACCUGGAGCAUGGAAAGAUUGCCCUCUCAGGGUCAAGGAGAAGAAUAAAAUGCACGUACUUUCAGCGUUGGGAUCAACGACAACCAAUGGAGCUGUGCAAACACCAUCCUGGCAAAGUUGGCGGUGGCACUGGCACCUGCACCAUUUAUGAGGGUUUACUGGUUCAUUUUGUGGCUGCAACUAGUGUGUUCUCAGACAACCAAGAGCAAGAAAACAGAGAGCAAGCUGAUUGCUGUUGGGGGUUGUCUCACUGCCUGAAGACAGCCUCUCUUGCAGAAACACUGAUGUGUGCUGGUGUAGGUGAUUUGAUUUGCACAAAGCCACAGACUCUUAUCCCUUUGGUUCCAUCAGCAGGAUUUUCUCAGCAGAAAGAAGGCAACACUCAGCAGAAAGAAGGCUACACUCAUUACAAGGUUUCUCAACCUAAGUACUCUGGACAUUUCCAGCAACAAAUGUCUUCAAGUGGAGCAGAACUAGAUGAUGGUCCUCCUGCUAUGCCUUAUUUGUUCCACCCUGACCCAAGGACGGGUAAUUUAUUCCAGAACAGGCUACAACAUUUCAUUCCCAUUGGGGCAGGAAGUACCAGAGAAAAUGGGCAAAACAGAGCAGAAAGUCUCAACAGCUGUAGGUGCACAUCAUGGAGGCAAUUCAACUCGAGUGCAGCUGCUAACGAUGACUGGGUGACUCCUGGGAGGAUCUCAGUUCCAUCUGAUGCUAGCAAAAGAAGGGUGCAUGCCAGUGGAACCCAUUCUGGUUCUGGCCAUUGGUUUACUGAUGACAGUGGGAGAAAGGUUUGUGUCUCAAAAAAUGGGCAUGAGUUGCCGCGAUGCCUAUCAACAAUAUCAAAAAGGAUCCAUAUGCAAAAGGCUGGUACACACCACUGGAUGUACAAACUAUCAUUGCACGCUCGUAGCAUUCGUCAGGUUCUAGCACAUUAUUAA